UAGAAAAGACAAUAAAUGAAGUGUUUAGAAUUAAUUAAAAAUGAAUGAAAAUAUGUAAGAAACCACUUAAAAUUAGGCAAGUAUUACUUUGUAUUUCAAUUUCAAUAGAAUAAAUAUCAUAAUAUCCAAAAUUGAAUAUCAUGAUCAAGUAAGUAAGAUUAAAUGUUCAUCAAUUAAAAAUAAUCAUAACCUUCAUAGUAAAAAAAAAAAAAAAACCAAAAGGAUUAGAACCAAUGAAUAAGAAAACCAAAUUGAACCGGGUGUUGGUUUGGGUUAGACAUUGCGUUUCGGUUUCGCUCCCACCCAACCCCCGAGUCCAUUUCCUUCCUUCUCUCUCUCUCUCUCUCUCUCUAGGUAACAACGAAAUCUCACCGUCUCUUUACGGUCACCGGCGAUCGGUCAACAGUCGACCUCCGUUAGCCACAACUUUCCUCAAUCGCCGACAUGCCGAUGACUAUCGAAGACUUGCUGGACUUGCCUUCAUGUUUUCAUCUAGUAUCCUCCUUCAGAUCCUGGCGUGUGCGAUAUAUGGUAACUGGUGGCCAAUGCUGUCAGCACUCAUGUAUGUGGUUGUGCCUAUGCCAUGUAUGUUCUUUGGAGGAGGCUCAACACAAUUCCUUAUUAGUCGAGAUGGUGGAGGGUGGAUAGAUGCAGCGAAGUUCUUGACAGGAGCAUCAACGGUGGGAAGCCUGGCGAUUCCAAUCAUUUUAAGGCAUGCAGGAAUGAUUGAAACCGGUGCAAUGCUGAUAGAAUUCACGUCGUUCUUCAUAUUCAUAUGCACCGUCAUGUGUUUUCACCGGGCUAGCCUCGAUGAUGAUUGGUAACAGAUAAGUUGUUGUAUGUUAUUUACUAAUUGGACUCGCAUGAGAAAGAGAAAGAGAGAGGAGAGAGUUGAAGUGUGAUGUGUUGUCUCCUCCUUUUGUAAAGCUUUGUAUCAAUCAGUGUCUCUGUAAAAAACUAUUCAUAGUAGUUAAUGUGAUGCUUUGUGUUUUUCUUUA